GUGUUAUAAAUAUAUAGCCAAAUUAUUUCACAUUCAUACACAUCCAAUUUUCUUGAAAAUGAGUUCACUAAAUAUUUUCCCUUCUACCUUAAUCUCUAAUAAAAAAUUCCCAAUAAUUUUCCAAGAAAAAAACUCCCAAUUUUCUCUCCAUCGAAAAAAGAAACUACAACUUCUUCAUGACCAAAAAUAUGUUUCUAGUUUUAUUCAAUUAAACCAAGUUUCAUCCAAAAGAAAUUGCAUACUAUACCCUUUGAAAUGUAAUAAAUCAGAUAAUUCAGAAAAUAAUAAUCCAGAAGAAGACCCAAAAGCUAUGGAAACAGUACAAAAACUUUAUAAAGCACUUAAAAAUAAAAAUCUUAUUGAAUUGUCUGAUAUAAUUGGAGAAGAAUGUAGAUGUAUUAGCAAUGUUGCCUCCUCUUUACAAACUUUCUAUGGCAAGGAGCAAGUAAUAGAUUUCUUCAAAUCAAUCAUAAAGCUCCUAGGGAAUAAUAACUUUGAGAUUGUUUUCAAACCAACUACACAUGAUGGAACAGAUAUUGGGGUUGCUUGGAAACUAGAAUGCAGUGACACUCAUAUUCCUAUUGUGAAAGGCUUUGGAUUCUAUCAUUGUCAUUAUUACAAGGGUCGUAUGAUGAUAAGGAAUGUGGAGAUGAUCAUGGAGCCACUCCUUCAAAUUGAGCCACUUAGAUUGAAAAUAUCAUCCUUCCUUUUGAGAGCAAUUCAAAAGAUGACUCCAAAUAUUUUGAAGGGAAAGAUGAAAGAGGCUACGAAAAUCUUGUUUAUGAUUCUACUAUUUGUAGCUUCGCUGUAUUUGAUUAAGAACUUCAUGUAAUUCACUAGUAAUUUUCUUUUUUGAU